UAUUUGUCUGUGCUGUCAAUCGUAAACGAUGAAAAAUCCUACUAAAAACUAAAACACAAAAAUUGCAGUAAGUUGUAUAAAUUUUACAUUCAAUAGUAGGGUAUUCCUAAAAAAUGGCUUCAGCAAUGGAUAUCGACGAAGAAGAAGUGGAAAUGGCUUCUUCGAGUAGCGGAAAAGGCGACAAAAAAAGAUUUGAAGUCAAAAAGUGGAAUGCUGUGGCGUUAUGGGCAUGGGAUAUUGUGGUGGACAACUGUGCGAUCUGUCGUAACCACAUAAUGGACCUAUGUAUAGAAUGCCAAGCCAACCAGGCUUCAGCUACAAGUGAAGAAUGCACAGUAGCAUGGGGAGUUUGUAAUCAUGCAUUCCACUUCCAUUGCAUUUCUCGUUGGCUCAAAACUCGACAAGUUUGUCCAUUGGACAACAGAGAGUGGGAAUUCCAAAAAUAUGGACACUAGAAAUGUAUUAUAUCUGCAGCUGUUUUUCUACAGACACCCUUUUGUGAAUCUAAGGAGAAUUAAUGUCAUACAGCAUAAGUUUUAAUAAUAAAUUCACUCAGAAUUUCAAA